AUGGAAGUUACAAAGAAUGAGGUGAAGAUGUGUGAACCAUGUUCAGGCCUAUGCCCUAAAGCUUGUGAGGGAACAGGACCUGGGAGUAAAUAUCAAACAGUGGAUUCUAGUAACAUUGAUAAAUUUGUUAACUGCACCAAAAUACUGGGUAAUCUGGACUUCCUCACUAUUGGUCUUUAUGGGGAUGAGUGGUUGAAUAUCUCAGCUUUGGAUCCCAACAAAUUGAACGUCUUCAGAACAGUACAAGAGAUUACAGGAUACUUAAAUAUUCAGUCCUGGCCAAAGCAUAUGGAUGACUUCAGUGUCUUCUCCAGUCUUACAACCAUAGGAGGUCGAACUCUUUACAACCGAGGAGUCUCCCUCCUUAUAAUGAAAAACAGUAAUGUGACAUCUUUGGGGUUUCGUUCACUGCGGGAUAUUAGUGCUGGGAAGGUGUACAUUACAGAGAAUGAGAACCUUUGCUAUUACCACACUAUAAAAUGGUCGCUAUUAUUUUCAAACAGACGGCCAAACGCCGAUUUGAAGAAUAACAAAGCUGCAGCUACCGUAUUGAGGAAAAAAGAGUAUGUGAUCCGCUUUGUUCUGAUGCCGGAUGCUGGGGUCCUGGGCCCAGCCAAUGCCUGUCAUGCAUGAACUUUAGCCGAGACAGCAUUUGCGUACCGUUCUGCAACCUUUUCGAAGGCGAUAAGAGGGAGUUUGCGAAAGAUGGCCUUUGCCUCCAGUGUCAUGCAGAGUGUCAGAAAAUGGAAGGAAGUCUAACUUGUAAUGGAACAGGUGCGGACUCUUGCAUUCAGUGUGCACACUUUCGUGACGGGUUGCAUUGCGUGUCUGACUGUCCUCAUGGAGUGAUGGGAGAAAAAGGACGAGUAUAUAAGUACCCUAGUGCAAAUAAAAUCUGUUUGCCUUGCCAUGAGAACUGUACAGCAGGGUGUGUAGGACCUGGGAUAAACAACUGCAUCAACAUAGUUCCACAUCCAGCUGAAAGGUAAAUACU